AUGGUUGAUAUUUUGAAGACUUUGUGUCUAAGGUUUAAGGGUUUGCAGUUGGGUUGUUUUACGUUACGGUAUUCGCUGCCCAGUUAUCCGAGUUGUUUUCUAGAAACGGAUAGCGAUUUGGACAUGAUGAGGACAUUUUUGUUUGUAUCAAAUGAGAAGAGUGUUGAUAUUUUAGUGAAGGAUUUAUGCGGGAGCAGUGAAUAUAGUGGUGAUUUUUGUGUAAAUAAGGAGUUGAUAGCAUGUGAAAAGGGCGAGUCGUCGUGUUCUAGUACUGUCGAAGACAGAAAUGAAUUUUUGGGCAGGUCGAAGAGAGCAAGUGCUAAGCCUUUGUUGUCGAAUGAGUGGGAGACGUACAUACAUCAUGUAGGGCAGAAGUUUGACGGUGGUGCAGAGGAGUUCCGUUUGAAAUUGUGCAAGUACGCUCUUGAAGUAGGAUUUAAUUUUUUAUAUGCCGGCAAUGACAAGAAGCGGGUGGUUGCUAUUUGUUCGAAUAAGAAAUUGGAGGGUUGUAGCUGGCGUGUUUAUGCUUCUCAUUGUGAAGCUACUGGCUGUUUUGUAAUUCGGACAUUAAAUAAUGUGCAUACAUGUGUGGGUCGGAUACGGGAAUCAAAGAGUAAGAUGAUGAAGUCUCGUGUGGUGUCCUCCCUCAUUGUGGACAGAAUUCGUGCAAAACCAGAGCUGAAGCCAGUUGAGAUUAUACACGAGUUCAAAGAUUAUUAUGGUAUAGACAUUUCAUACUACCAUGCAUGGUUUGGCAAAGAGUUAGCUAAAUUGAACGUUCACGGUGAUGAGUCGAAGUCCUUCAACGAGUUAGUGUGGUAUGCGGACGCCGUAAAGGAAACUAACCCUGGUUCUCUCUGCACUCUUGAAUGUGAAGCUGGAAUUAAUCGCUUUAGACGGUUUUUUUGUGUCGUUUGGCGGUUGCAUUGCUGGAUUUCAAUAUUGCAUACCCUUGUUGUUCGUUGA